UCUCCGACUGCCGUUCCCUCUCGAUAGCCAGCUUUCUUGUUCAAUGGCGACAGCGGCAGCAGCUCCCGCCGGCCUCGGCGCAACUGCUGGCCCUUCGUCUGCUCCAGUAUCGGACGCUCUCGCUGCAGCUACAGCAACGUUCACAGCCGCCCUCUCGGAGCUCUCCUCGUCCCUCCGGCAGCGAUGGGUAUCCGGCGAGCUCGCAUUCGACGAUGCUGACUCGUCCAUCACAGCUCUCGUUGAAUCUACGCGCUCUCUCAAGACAGAGCUGCAAGAAUCUCUGACCUUCGCAGACGAGACCACCACCACCUCGACUUGGACUACCUUCCGCGAGAUUGCUGCAUCGGAGGUUCGUCUGCGAAAGAGCAAUGCCUUGAACGGUACAGUCAUUCUCUCCGAGGAAGACUCUCUCGUCGUCUAUUCACAUCUGGAUGCAGUCACAUCGCUGCAAGAAGUGGACAUAGUUGAUGGAGCAUUGGCCCUGCAGAUCAUAGAGGAGGUCAUGGAGAGAUUGACGGUAGAUAGCGCUUGCAGAGUGUUUGGUUACUUGGAGAGCAGAGUCAGCUACCUGACCAGGGACCUGUCUCCUUCUCGCGGCAAAGGCCUUGUUCUGCUGCGCCUCCUCAACGACCUUCUUCGCCGUCUGUCCAAGCCAUCUCGGUCCCAUCUGGUUUUAUCCGGUCGUAUACUAUCGCUGCUCAGCUCUGUCUUUCCUCUAGGAGAGCGUAGUGGCGUCAAUCUCAGAGGAGAGUUCAACAUCGGCAAUACAACAAAAAUCGAGGAUCCGACAGAGACAGAGGAGAAGGACUCGCCAGCUGGUGAGGAGGAAGAGGUGGACAAAGACGCCGAUCCUUCGGCCCUCGCAGCAAAGGACGAUAGCUUCUACACUACCUUUUGGUCCAUGCAGCAGUACUUUUCCAAUCCGCCUCUGCUCUUUGCUUCUCCACAGGAAGCGACUCUAUCAACAAUAGACAAGGCGGGAACUCCGGGAGGAGGGGCUACACCGCGGCCUUCGGAAGUAGGCAAGGAAGAGGCGAAGGCAGACGAGCUCGGCAAGCAGACGAAUGGCAUGCAGUCGGGCAAUGCCACUCCUCGGAGGACGGGAGAGAACGAAGAAGGCGAUGUAGCGACCUUGACUUCGCGGUCUCAAACGCCCGCCAUGCCUCCUUCGCCCAUCGAAGAGCUCCGCUCCGGAACUCGCCGUAUCCUCGACGUCUUUGCGGAGGCCAGCAGCCGCGAGCGAGAAGUCGAGCUGGCUGAGCGAGCCGCGACAAAAGGAGGAUCGUCAGCAUACAACAAGAAGCGCAAGCGCGAGGAGAUGCUACAGAAUUUUGUCGGAGCGCAUGUUCAUGAAGCCUGGAAAGAGGGAGAGGAUGAAUUGGAGGGAGCAUUUCCCAAGUAUCUGACAGGCCGUCGCGUCUUCGAGUACCAGCUACGAAGCCCACCGUUCCGCCGGCACAUUCUCUUGCAGUACCUCAUCCUCUUCCAGUACCUCUUGGCCUUCAAUCCCACACAGAAGGAGAAGAGCAGUGAUUGGAAGAACAAGCAGCUCUUGCUUGCUCACCCGCUCGCAGCCGAGUUUGUUUUGCCAGAGGACGAUGAGCAAUGGAUUCGCAGGACGUGGAGAGAAAUUGUCGCCCUUCUCGAAGACACAGGUCCGACAGAGGAGGGUCGCAACUUCAAGAAUUCGGCCCUGCAGACUCUGCGGAGAGAGUCGCGCUGGAUUCACUGGAAAGCGGACAAUUGCCCACCCAUCGACAAACCUGGUCUGGAUGCUGCUCUCGUCGAGAAAUGCAAGUCCUCCCUCGUCAGUCUACUUCGUCCGAGACCUGCAUUCCCACACAUCUUGGGCACGCCGGCGCUCUCUGAGCUGUGGGAGCAAGGUCUCGAGCCCAUCGUACGAGGCAAGCGGCGCGGUGAGAACGAGGAAGGCACAGAGGUAGAGAUCGAGACAGAUGGACUGGAGCAGCUAGAAUUGCCUCCCGGUAUUCCGUCGGUGAUGACCUACGCCAAGUUGGUUAAGCAGCAGGAAGCGCGGGCGGAGAUGAGGCGCAGAAAGCUGGGCAUCGUGCCCGUGGCCGAUGACGCGAACGAGGAGGAGAAGGCGGCCGCUCAAAAGAGGAGGGAAGAGCUGGAAAAGACGGACGAGGAGCUGCAACUCAUCGAAGAGAGGAAGACUUCUCUCAAUUGGCGAGCAUUACGAAUCGCUCGUAGUAGUACGCUCGGCCUCUGGGGCAAGAUUGGAGGCGGAGAUGUGGAGCUGCUGCUUCAAGCCGAAAAGGAGGAAGAGGAAGCGGCGAAGAAGAAAUUGGAAGCGGCCAACGCUGCUGCCAACGCAGCCUCUACUGCACUUCCAACGGCUGCUGUGGCUCCUGCUAUCGCUCCCGCUGCUGCAGAGCAGGAGGAUCUACCGCCUCCGCCGCCGGCUGUUGUCGAGGAGGCCAAGCAGGAAGAGUCUGUCGAGGUGCCGGAGGACAGCAAGCCCGCCGAGGGCUCGGCCGAAGUGCAAGGCAUUCAGGAGCAAGAACAGGCAGAGCAGGUCGAAGAUGCCGCCACUGAUGAAGCAAAGGAGGAAGUAGCGGGAGCACCAGAUCAAGAAGAGAGGCCGAUCGACGAGGCGCAGCAGGUACAAGACGCCACUUCGGCUCUGCCUGAGCAGGAAGACGAAGUCGCUGAGGAGUCCAACAUCAGCGAAGUAGUCGCAUCUGAUGUACCAGCUGUUCCCGCUAUUCUAGAUGUAGAAGGGGCCGGGGACGAUGCAGGGGAUACUGAAGGAGCGCGGGAAGAUCAGGAUGUUGAGAUGGCGGAGGCAUAGUGCGUAAUGAUCGGCAGAUUGCGAAAUACAAACCUCAACAUC